GGGAAGCGAAAUGCUUUUUCCGUUGGAUAUGAGAGCGGUGUUCUUACGCAGUGUGAGUAUUUUCGACCUCGAUUAGGAGAAGUUGUCCCAGACAUGAUCGUCGAACGUCGAAGUUCUUAAGGCUUGCGCUCACUCUGCCAGUGCCUCCAGCAGCGUGCCGCUGCUGCGCCACCGCGUCGAGCGGAUCGGCGCGAAGCUGGCGAAGCUGGAGGGCAGCAGGUGCGACCUUCGCUCGGCCCUGACCGAGUCCCGGGUCCGGCGGGACGACUUUAUCGCCCGGUGCAGCGAGCACCUCGAGGAGCGGAGGCGCUGCAGGCAGGCGCUGCUGGCCCGCGUCGAGGCCCUCGAGGAGGAGCGCGACGGCCUGCUGGCGCUGUCGGAGCGGCAGGCGGCAGAGUUGGCGCAGGCCGAAGAGGGGGUCCAGCAGGCGCAGGCGCAGGAGCGCGGGUUGGAGGCCCGCAUCCAGCGGCUGAUGGACCAGAUGGUCAGCGUCCUCUCCGCGAUCACUGACCCGACCGAGGCGCGACGGCAGCUGUUAGAGGUCCGGGAGGAGCUGGAGGCGGGCGCGGCCAGUCUCGAGGAGCAGCUCGAGCACACCCGGGAGCAGUGCCAGGCCACGAGCAGCGAGAACCGCCGCAGGGCGAUCCAGUUGUCCGGGGAGCAGGGGAGGACCAAGAGGAUGCACGACGAGUUCGUCCUCCUGCAGGCCGAGCUCUUCGCGCGGCCCACCGGCCAGCGCGGGGUCCGCCCGGAGCCGCCGCCCGAGGCUGCCGCGGCAGGCGCCGCUCCGCUGCCGCCGCCGCCGCCGACGCUCCUCGCCUGCUGCCAGAGGCACUGCUUGCUCUGCCGAGAGCUGGACACGUGCUUCUACAUCCACGCUCACUUGAGCGUUGCCCAGGGUCAUGGCAGCCACAGGCGCACGCCCGCGCGCUGCGUCGGCGGCGGCACGUGCCGGGCAGCCUUGGCGCAAAGGAGGACCCCGCUGGACACGGUCGAGACGUUCGAGUUCAGCGCCAACAAGACCCAGCAGACCAGUCAAAGAAAGGGAGCGGGCUGA